AUGUCGUCGGACUUCGCACCUGACCUACCACCACACUUACUGGCCAAGCGGAAAAGACGGCAAGAGGAAGACGCAAGAGAUGAUGUCGCCACAGCCUCCGGCGCAAAACGAGCUGCCAGUCCAGAUGAACCAGAAAAGCGAAGAAAGAUAGGACCUGCUCUGCCCGUCCCACAAGACUCCCCUCCAGCAGGCGAAACGAAAUCACGCAAAGUAGCAGGACCUGCACCACCUCCAGCACCCUUGGAUGAACGACCACCAGAGCCACUUGCACCCCAAGCAGAUGACGACGAUGAUAGUAGCGAUGAUGAUGAUGGUUUUGGGCCAGCAUUACCCAGUGCUGCUACUGCUACAUCUACAUUUGCAAAUAACAAGGAUGACGACGACGACCAAAACGAGGAACCAGAGGUCAAGGUCAAAAGAGAUGAAUGGAUGAUGAUGCCACCCAAGCAAGACGAUCUCGCAGCUCGACUGGAUCCUCUCAAAGCACGCCCAACCAAAUUCGCUGGUAAAGGAGCCAGUAAAGGCGACACGGACAAUUCAACGUGGCACGAGACUCCGGAGCAGAAGCAGAAACGAUUGCAAGAUGAAAUGAUGGGAAUCAGCAGCAAACCUGCUGGUGGGAUCGCACGAGUAGAGCCAGGGAAAAGUGCAAAGGCGAAGAAAGAUGAGGUCGCUCAUCGAUUGGUCAAUGAGCAACGGGGUCCAUCCCUCAUGGAACAGCAUGCAAAGACCAAAGGCCCUGAAGCAGUCGACGACGACCCGAGUAAGCGCGCUUUCGAUCGCGAGAAGGACAUGGGCACGGGUGGCAGAAUCUCGUCGUCGCAGAAGAAGCAAAUGCUCGACAAAGCCGCGGGGUUUGCUGGAAAAUUCGCCGGAGGUUCGUAUUUGUAGCAGCCUAGCAACUAUGUACAUUUACUUGUACCUAGCAUAGGUGCGAGUAGACCGGACAAUGACGUGAUAACAGAGACAUUAUUCUCUUUGCACUUGCAUCUCGUUCACGCCGACAUGUCUAGAUCUCCAAGCCGUCCGCUCCGAAGCCGACGCCCUCCUACUCAACCUGGAAAGAACGGAGCCAGAGCGUGGCGAACAUGGCCCAAGCUGAUGCUCGAUGUGAGCCUGGCGAGGACAGAGUGCAGAAGAGGAUCGAAGGCAUGUGGCCUGAGAACUUAGUUACCAACACCAUGAUGUGAGAGUGCCUCGACCUCGGAGUACCCCGUGACAACCAGAUAGGAUGCUGAGGCGAUAUCGCAGCAUUCGAGAGGUUCCCGACGGACCGCCGAGGCUCUUGUUGGUUUUCUGCUGGCGGUAAGGAUGAUCGGCGGGUU